AUGAACAACUUUCGGGAUUACGUUGAUGAUCCCCGGCUCAUGCUUCAGCACCUGCCACCUCCUUUGCAAACCGCCGCAGAAUACGCGCCGCACGUCAUCCGAUGGCUCAUCAACUACCUCAUCUCCCCGAUCAUAUACCACUUCCAGAAUCUGGGAUACCAGCUCACCCGCCUGACAAGUACUCCGCCUUCCGAACUUCAAACGCAAGACAUAUUCUUCCCCCUUUUAUCACUCAUCCUCAUCUAUUUUGCGGUGACUUCUGCGCUCCACACUGCAAGAUACGCUUUUCAUAUGGGAUCAUGGCUGCUCAAGUGGGGAACGUUAAUUGGAAUUGUUGCUGUAGCAUGGGCGUGGCUCUCGGCGGAUCCGAGCGCAGUGGGGCACGAGCAGCAUGGGUACGGUUACAGUUGGGGUAGAGGUACAAGUACGAUCCCUUCGUUGGUCGACCGCGUUUGGAAGAUGGUUAAUGGUGAGCAGCAGCGUGAAUGGUUGGUAAAGGAGCUCCCAGAAGUCGACUGGAGCGGCUGGGUGCCAGAGUGGGUCGCCCUUGACGGGGGAUUCCACUGGAUUGAGGUUAUUGAUGGGCUUGGAGCGGAGAAUGUGAGGAAAGCAGCGGAAGAGUGGUGGAAGGAGCAAAUGGAUAGCAAGCCCUCUGGAUCGAAGGGGAAAAAAAAGACGAGCUCGUGGCGACUAACAAAGGAGAAGAAGCAGAAGACUUCGACAGUACGAUGA